CCUGGAGGCGCUGGCAUUGACUCUUGAAAGAGAGGUAACCCCUCUAAUGACGGAUAGGACAAUCUCAAUUCCUCUGUCAAUAAGGAAUACUAUCUCCUUAGUAGCUUGUAGAUCCUUUGUUCCUCGUUAAGCCAACCCUGUCCAAGGCCUCACAAUCCCUGCUGAAUACUGCAAAUCUUGCAUAUGCCGUUCUCACUUGACCACAAGUCUAUGCCAAUAAACGAGGUGUUCCUUCCCCCUGGAUUUUGCAGCUGCAUGCAAUAUAUCAAGACAGCGCCUUACGCCUCGCCUCUUCCGUUGGGUUGACAAUCAACUCCUAAUUAGGCAAUCGGUCGGCCUGACUGAUCCGUACGACGCCCCCAAUACGAAGGACCACGCCUGGAGACACGACGGAGAAUUCUCCGAGACCCAGAAUGUGCUCGCUUGAUAUGUACUCGUUGCGCGAUGGAUCCUGUUUCGGAAUCAUCAAUGUGACCAGGAUGAGAGAGUCUCUCCUUUCAUCGUGAUUGACCCACAUUCCUAGGCCAAACAGAUUUGCUUAGAUCUCAGAUGCAGAUCUUUCUGACCAAAAGAAUCGCAACACGAUCUAAGUAUGUACUUCAUCCUGCGUCUACACUAUUUAGUAUCUCUUCUCUUGACCUAUCUUUCCCCCUCUCUUUCAAUAUUUCUUUACCUUUUCUUGAAACAGGAACCUCUUUUUUCUUUUUUUUUCUUUUUUUUUCAAAGACUGAAUUAAGUUUUGACAAGCACGCGCCAACUGGGAUCGUCUGCUGUUCGCCCACUUUGUCGGGACCUACCUACCAGUCCCGAGCCUCUCAAAGGGCCUGAUUUUACUUUUUAGAUUUUCGGUGGGCAAGCCGAGCUGAAAGAACCUUAUUGACUCCAUAAUCUUACUACUAAGAAUGCCCCGUUGCCGUCCUGAACGGCAAUGAAACCUUUUAAUUAUAUACCCGGAGCCUCUUCCAUGGGUUUCAUUCAAUGUUUUCGAUCGACUGAGGAUCUCCCGCGAAGUUUUUUUAAUAUGAACCCCAUGUCCCCAUUUAGGGAUGAACUUCCUCUCAGUAAACUCUGGAUUGAACAAGGCAUUAUUAUUUUUUAUUAUUCCUUAAUUCAAUAUAUGAAUAAAGGGAGAAA